AGAAAGCAUGUAGCCAUAGACAAGUUAAGAAAGGAAAGAAAAGCUUUAAAAAUGGAAAAUUUGAACCUAAAACUAGAAGUAAAUAUGUUAAAAUUCCUAACUGGAAAGGAGAAUGUUGCUGUUCCAAAAAAGAAGAAACAUAAAGCACCAAACGAUUUUGCUCAAAUAAGUUUAGGAAUUGAAACUUUAACAAAGAAAAUUCAAAUGAAAGAAAAAAUGAUCCAAGAACUUGAAUCAGAUGUUGGAAAGUUAAAGUGUGAACUGACAAAAUUACAGGAGCAAAUUUCUGUUAAAAAGAAAACACCUGUAGAACCUGAAGUGCUAUUUCAGGCCAAAAGGUAUGAGUCAAUGAUGAGAAUUUUUUUUUUUUUAUUAUGUGUAUUGUAACUUACAAUUUCUUAUUAUAUUAACAAUUGUAUACCCUUCUUUAUAAGCAUUAUAUAACUUAAAUCUGAGAGACUUUUUUCAUAUUUUAAAAAUCACAUUAGCAAAAAGAGAAAACAUAUCCGCACCCCUGAAGAUAUAGUUUUACAAUCUCAAGAGAAGGAAGAGACCUUAGAGCAUGGUAAAGCACAUUUUAAAGAUAAUUAAGUUAUGCCUAUAAUACUUAAAGAGUCAGUUUAUAACAUUAAAUCCAUAUUAUGUUAAAAUUAAAGCUCAAGUUAAUUUCUUUUUUAAAUUGGCCAUUAAUGAAAUAAUAAGAAACAAGAUAUUUUAUGUAAGAAAAAGUAUAUUACGGGUAAUGAAUCUAUAACAUUAAAUCCAUAUUAUGUUAAAAUUAAAGCUCAAGUUAAUUUCUUUUUUAAAUUGGCCAUUAAUGAAAUAAUAAGAAACAAGAUAUUUUAUGUAAGAAAAAGUAUAUUACGGGUAAUGAAUCUCAUGAUACUAAGUUUUUAAAUAGGAUUAAUUUUCUGUGUGACAGAAGGAUGGUGGGAGGUAGAGAAAUUUGCAGACAUUCCAGCCAUUGUUGCCAUUGAAAUUGAAGAGAAGACUUACAUAACAGUCCUAGACAAUGGGGCUUUGGAACUUUGGAAUCACAAGGACUCCGGUGAGCAUAAUCUUUAACAAAAACCCAGCUUUAAUAUGCAUGUAUAUGAUUUCUUGUAAUUGUGACAUUGUAGGCCACACUGUUAUUAACUCUGGGUUACCGUAUCAAAACAUGGCAUGUGCGGCUUCUCCCCAUUGCUUAGAAUAACUUAAUUAUUGGGAACCACUAUGUGUGCUUAUUUUUUUUGGUCAUAAUAGCUGCUUUAUAAACAAAUUUAAUAAUUGUAGUUUCAGUUCUUUUUUUUUUCCAUAGGAGAGGGACCCACCAACCCGGCUGAUAUUUUUACAACCAUUAGGAUAGAUACAUCGAAAGUUGCCUUCAAGUCUGUGAAUGGCAAACAUUGGAGUUUGCAAAGUGAUGGUAGAGUUGUUAGUAUAGCUGAGACUGUUGGGACCAGGGAACAGUUUGAACCUGUUUUUCAGGAUGUUAGUCACAAAUACUGUUUUUUUGUAUUGUAAAUAAAUGUAGAUUAUUAGUAUUUUAAUUUACUUUUUAAUGGCUGAUUCAUUGCUAUUGCAAUAUAGUGGUGCCAGGUAACUAAAGCUAAGUUUUUAUUAUUAUGGCUUUAGAUUUCAUCAAAAUAAAGACCGGUUUGAAUUUGACAUAUAUAUUUUUCAUGUCAGGUUUAAAAAAAAUAUAUUUAUGGUUUUAAGUUAAAAGAAUUGAAUAAUUUAUGUUUCCACUUGGUGUGUCUAAUAACAAAAUCUUAACUGAACAAUUAUUUUUUAUUUAAAGGACAGCUGAUAAACAGUAGGCUACCUAAAUUUCAUUGUAUCAUUCUUCUUCAAAUAAUUGUAAUAAAUUUAUAAUACAUUUGAAAGAGUUCAAUAAUUUCUAUUUUCAAUUGCGUCUAAAUUAUAAAAUCUUAACUCAGCCAUUAUUUUUUGUUUCAAGUACUGCCGAUGAACCAUAUAAGAUAUUCUAAUACCAUACAAAGCUAUUCAUUUUUACUAGUGCUAUUCUAAAUUUUACUAGUGAAAGUUCUAACUUUAUUAAAACAGCAAUAUAAGAUUCUUCUUCACUUAAUAGUGGUAAAUUUAUUUUAAAAAUAUAAUCUGUUAUCUGUUUUUUUUUCAGGGCAAGAUGGUGUUAAUUGGUCACAACAACUGUUUCUUGUCUUACAAUGAAGAUGGUGACAUUGUUUGUGAGAGUUAUACAGCUGAUCCAAAAAUGUGGUUCAAACUGAGAUCAAAUGCUGCCAAAAAUAAAGAUGCAGUGUAAGGUGACAAAAAUUUCCAAAACGUCCAGAAAUAAAUUAGUGGGCGAGUUUCCAUUGUUUCUUUUUUAGAUACAGUACUUUAUUUUUUAAGUGUGGUAUUUAACCAUUUACAUUAUGCGCAAAUCAUUAAGUACUGUGUUUUACCUGUGAAUGACCCGCAAAGAAAAUGACACCGAGACCACUUAUGUAUUAGAAUGACAUCUGCUGUGAGCAACUUCUGGAAUGAAGUUGUCUUCCAUAAUACACCUUUUUUUAAAUUUUAGGACAUGCAUCCUGAUCAGCAUUAAUUUCAUUAAAUUGAUAGGCUGCAUUUUUUGGCCAACUAUGUUUUGUUUUUGUUUUCUAGGAAGGGGCUGCACUAAACUAUAGCUAUGCAACUGUGGUGCUCCUGCCAAUGUAGCGCUUUGGCUUCCCUCACCACUUCCACUUAGACAUAACUGAUGCUUUUCUUUUCCAUGCUUGGAUUCUCAGCUGCCGUAGAUAUUUUUCCACAUCAUCGAUCCAUCUAAGCCUAAGUCUGCCUUUGAGCCAUUUUUCUCUGGAGUUUUUGUGGUGCACCCUCUUCACUCCUCUGUCAUUUGGCAUUCUUUCUAAGUGUUCCGCCCAGCGUAGCAUGUCCUUUUUUAUUUCUGCUACUAGGGUGGGAUCCUGAUAUAGGCUAUACAAUUUCUCGUUGGUUUGUAUUCUCCAUCCAUAUUCAUCCUUUGUUGGUCCAUAUAUUUUCAGGAGAAAUUUUCUCUCCCAUGUGUUUAAUAGGUUUUCUG